AACAUUAUCUUGUUCAGUGAGACAUUGAACAGCUAGCUAGACGGCAUUUUCUACGCAAUAGCACGGCGCGGAUCACACGCCGACAAACGAUGUCUUUGAAAUUUCUUCGCGGCAGUUUUGCGCGCCAAGUCUUAAAAAAUCUAUCAAGCCAGUUAGAAAAUAGUGAGUUAAAAAGGAAAACUACUUUUUUGAAGAGAUAUCCCAGGUGCUUUGCGACCCAGACCGCACCUGUUUUGGAAAAUAAUUGUUUAAAUUCACCAUACGGUGAGAUUAAAGUGGGAAGUGAAACUUUGACCGACUAUGUUUUUAAAGAUAUAGAAUUAUGGUCAGAUUCGCCAUGCGUGACAUGUGGUGCUUCCGGCCGUUCCUACCCAUAUGGAAUGAUGCGAGUUAUGGUGGAGAAAUGUGCGCACGCGCUAAUUGGACACCUGAAGCUGUCACCGGGAGAUCGGAUAGGCCUCAUCCUGCCAAAUAUUCCUGAAUUUGUCGUGCUCAUCCAUGGUGCUAUGAGAGCCGGCCUUGUGGUUACUUUUGCUAACCCAUUGUAUACAGCAGAGGAAGUCCGCCGUCAGUUCAACGACUGUCACGUUAAAGCAAUCGCUACGAUUGAAAUGUUUAUGCCGAUUGCUCUAGAAGUUUCCAAAUCUCUAAAGGACUAUAAAGGAACUAUAUGGGUUGGAGGCGCAGAUGAUAAAGUAAAAGGUAUACAUGGUCUUCAGUCGCUUCUGAUAACAGAGCACAAGGUAGACCUACCAACAGUUGGCUGUGAGGAGCUGUGUCUCAUCCCGUACUCUAGCGGAACUACUGGAAUGCCCAAAGGCGUCAUGCUAUCCCAUAGAAAUCUGGUUACCAACUUAAAACAAAUCCAGGUGCCCAAGUUUAUGAAGUACGACGGGGAAAAAGGUAAAGGUGACGUAAUAUUGACAGUACCGCCAUUCUUCCAUAUCUACGGUUUCAAUGGAAUUUUGAAUUAUAAUCUAGUUUUGGGUUACCACAUAGUCUCCAUACCUAAAUUCACACCAGAAGACUAUAUAAAAUGUCUUAUAGAGUACAAACCAAGCACACUAUUCGUUGUUCCGUCUCUUUUGGCCUUCCUGGCGACCCAUCCAGCUGUAAAGAAGGAAUAUUUACAAUCUGUCACGACUAUCAUGGUCGGCGCUGCUCCUACGACAGACAGUAUGCUGCAGAAGUUCCUACUUAAAUCCGAGAAGACGAAGGAUCAAAUUAGAUUGUUACAAGGUUACGGCAUGACAGAAAGUUCGCCAGUGACGUUACUGACUCCAUACGUGUACCCUUACAGUAAGGUGGGCUCGGCGGGGCAGGUGAUCCCCUCAACACAAGCUAGGAUAGUCUCGUUAACAACGGGACAAAGUCUCGGGCCGCAUGAACCAGGAGAGCUGUUCUUAAGAGGACCUCAGGUUAUGAAGGGUUACUGGAACAAUGAGAAGGCGACUCGGGAAACAGUAGACAGUGACGGCUGGCUUCACACGGGAGACGUGGCUUACUACGACGAGGAUCAUUAUUUCUACAUCGUUGACAGGACCAAGGAACUUAUCAAAGUAAAAGGGAACCAGGUAUCGCCCACGGAGAUAGAAAGUGUAAUAAUGGAACAGCCGGCAGUUGCUGACGUGGCAGUGGUUGGGGUCCCUGACUCGUUGGCCGGGGAACUCCCCAAGGCGUUCGUUGUUCUCAAGCCGAACCAGAAACUCACAGAGAAGCAAGUCUACGACAUAGUUGCCCAGAAAUUGACGAGAUACAAACAUUUAGAAGGCGGUGUGGUCUUCCUUGAUGCCAUACCUCGGAAUGCUGCUGGCAAAAUCAUGAGAAAUGAGCUUAAGGUGUUAAAAAUGAAGUGAUUAUCACUUUCACCAUCCCACCUUUGCGCACAGAACAUAUUCUUCUCUCCUUGAAUUCCGGCAAGGCACCUACGCCUACUUUUUAAGCUAGGUUCACACAUAGCUAUUGACAGCGAAAUAUAUACCUUGCUGAAAAGGGUAUGGAAAGAGUGUGUAUGGCGAAGCAAGUGAGAAAUGAACGAAGAACUUUCGCUAGCUUCUGUUCUCUGUGACCUACUCUUUUGCCCUAAUAUAAAAAAAUAUAUACACAUAAGUGUAUAAAGCAGUUGAUGAGGUCAUUAUUAAGGCCUUUUAGUGGUCUUAUAUUUGUUGCAGGCCUUUUCGUUUCAUUGGCGUUUCUAUGACUGAAUCCUUUCUGAACCUCGGGAUCUGGUGCCGUGAUCUAAUAUUCCCACUAGGUCUCCAUUCAAGGACUCUUUUGUCCAUUCUUAACAAUGAUAGAUACAUCUACUUACGAAAUAACUAAGCUGAUAGAGGACUAGAGAAAAUUUCCAAUUAAGGAAUUUUAAGACUUUUUAGGUUGUUAACGUUUUAUAUAAGCAUAAGAUAUCCUAUAUUACUCUGUCGGAUAGCAGCCAAUUUUAACAAAGUAAAUAAUAUUAAAAAUAAAUUAUGUUUUAAAAUUGUUAAUUAGUUAAUAGAUUAUUUAAUAAUGUGUAAAUAUUAUGGUAUUGUUUUGAUAUAAUUUUUAUUAGUGUUAUUUUUUAAAUAA